AUGGCUCGCAAAAGCUUUCGCAUCUCGAAGGUGGGGUUGGGGGGGGCAGGCGACAACUGGAUGGUAGAAAUGGUGCGUGCAAUAGCGAGCGACAGCGAAAUUGAAGCUCUGGGUGUACCAAUUGAAGAAGCGGGAAAGGCCAUCUGCAAGAACGUGUUCCCCAUCCUAAAAAAUCAUCUAGCUUUCGUAGUGCAGUAUGACAGAAACUGCUUUGAAGCAGCGCUUGUCGACGAAAUUACGCAGGGUGAGGGGCCUAUUGCCUCCAUGGAACUUCUAGAAAAAGUUAAGGAAGCAUCGGAAAAGAUUAAGGAACUUACAAAAACGGUAGCCACCCAGUCUGAAAAGAUGAUCGAGCUUGAGAACAAUCUGGCGCAAGCACACGAUUUCCUUGAUAAAGUAGAGGCCGCAAAGGAAAGUGCCUUGUCUGCUGCCGAACAAAGCAGAGAAUUCGCAAAAAAAGAAGAAGAAAGGUUUCCCAAGUCAAACAAAGAAUUUGUCGAAGAGUUGCGCAUGAAGCUACGGGACGAAGUAGUGCUCGAACUGGCCGAAGAGGCGACGGCGGCUUCUUCAAACGUAACGACGGCAGAGAAGGAAGUGCAAACAGAUCCUACGACGCCUGAGAAGAAUGCAGACACAGUUGAAAAGCCUGCAGAAAAACCUGAAAGCGUCCCUGUGUCGCCUCCCCAGCCACCAGCUCAGGAACAGAGUGAAGAGAAUAAUGUUUCUGGCCGAAGGCUGACGGCCACCGACAGAGAUCUUAUUAAAAAGUGUAUCGACGAAAUACGCAGGCUGAACACCCUACUCUCAAGCCAUGGAUCUCCUUCUCUUGGCUUCCCUCAGCGAGAAACUGAAGAAGACAAGCGAGGCAUCUCUGUGCGUAAUACCUGCGUGGGCACAUCGGAGGGGUCCGUCGGCGGUUUUCAGGGCAACGUGUACGAGCACGUACCCCUAACUACUUUGCGUCUCAGUCCAAUUUAUCGUGCAAAUUUAGAGAGAAUAGAAGGGGGAACCCCAAGAAGUAUGCGCCAUUCUGUGCACCAACCUGCGAAUCCACCCACGCGUCUUUCCCCCCGUGGUGUCCCACAGUUCGUAGAGGGCGGCACCCUUGCUGCCACAUGGUUCAGCAGCCCCCCAGCAGCAACUGCUGUUGCUGAUAUGACUGGAGCAUCCGCAGUACCAGCUCCUCCUCACCAGCAGGGGCCGUCUUCUGGGUCUGGGGAGGCGGCUACGCUGCAGGAUUCGCCGCAGCAGCAGACUUUCAUGAAUUCGCACUUGAUGUCUGCUGAGGUUCCGGAGGAUGUGGUUGUGAGCCGCAGCCCUCAGUCUAGCCAGCACACAGCAUUACCCGUAGAAGAAAACAAGGCUUUUGCUCUGCCGGCUUCACUCCACGCAGAAGUUGCCGCUGGCGAGAUAGGCAGAGCAGCAGCGCAAAUACCGAAGACGAAGUUUCAACUGUCCUUCGCCAAUGAUCCGUAUCUUUCCCUCGAGCCCCCCGAUUCCAGCUCUUCUGCAUCCGCCGUUUUAAACACCACAGAUUACGUAACAGAAAACGCAACAGAAGUCACAAGGCUAUCCCGUUCCCCUGAAGGAACAGAAACGGAGGCUGUUGCAACCACGGAACAAUCUGCUGCAGUAGCAUAUCUAGACGUUCCUUCUACCGCACCAACAGCGCUACCAGAGCCCGCAGCUAGCGGGCAAAACAGCCCAGUAAAAGAAAUCUCUAUUGCUGUUCCAGCAACGGAAACUCUAAUUCCAAAUUCCACUUCUGGUUUUGUCGAAGGGACAUCGCAGAAAGAAGCACAAAAGGAGAAAGCAGAAGACUCCCAACGGCAAGCUUCCCCUACGCCUUCUUUAGCUGCCCAUGGAAGCAGCAGCGCCAAUGCUGCACUUGUUGCUCCCUCCUCUUCACAUUCAGAGGCAGCAGUUGCAGGCGGAGAGGAGAAAAUAGAGCCAACAACAGCAGUCGACGAAAACCAGAACUUUUCUAGUCAGGGGGAACAGCCCAUUUCCAAUUCGCAGCAGCAGGCUGCUCCUCCUCCGGUGCCUCCGCAGCAGCCUCAGCCACAGCAGCAGCAGCAGCAGCCAGUUCAGCAGCAGCAGCAGCCAGUUCAGCAGCAGCAGCAGCCAGUCCAGCAACAGCAGGCGCCCCUCCAGCAGCUCCAGCCGGAUGAACAGAAGUCAAAGCCAGAGCAGCAGCUGCCGCAGCCGCAGCAGCAGCAGUUUCCCCAGCCCCCACAAUCCGACGAACAACAGCAACAAAAAGAGCAGCAGCAGCAGCAGCAGCAGCAGCAGCAGCAGCAGGCUGCCCAGGAACAAAAGCAGCCUUCCCUGCAAGAGCAACCGUCUCAACAGCAGCAACAGUCAACGCAGCAGCUCCAGCCGCCCUCCCAGCAGCAACUACCAGAAGCCCCCCAGCCUUCGCAGCAGCCUCCGCAGCAGCAGCAGCAGCCUCCUCCUCCGCAGCAGCAGCCUCCUCCGCAGCAGCAGCAGCCUCCUCCGCAGCAGCAGCCUCCUCCUCCGCAGCAGCCUCCGCAGCAGCAGCAGCAGCCUCCUGCGCUGCAGCAGCAGCCUCCUGCUCCUCCUCCGCAGGCUUCGCAGCUGCAGCAGCUGCUGCAGGGCCCCGCGGCUGCGCGGCCGCAGCGGCAGGCCGCGACGGCCACGGAGAACUUCUGCGUGGGCGAGGGCUGGCCGGCCGAAGCCAUUUUUGGCCAGCAAGGGCCCCCCCUGUGGCCGCUGGUGACCGGCGGCAGCGCCUGGCUGCGCAGCCACGCGGCGAAGACCAUUCGGCUCGCGCCGCUGCAGCGCACCGCCAGAGAGGACUUCGCGCCCCCAGUGGCGCAGCAGCCCCAGCCCCCUCGCGCAGCCCCGCUCGCGCUGCAGCCCGGUGCGCACUUGCAGUGCAUGCAGCAGUUGCAUGCGGGCAUUGCAGUGCAUGCAGCAGUUGCAUGCGGGCAUUGUAGUGCAUGCAGUAGUUACAUGCGGGCACUUUGUAGUGCAUGCAGUAGUUGCAUGCGGGCACUUUGUAGUGCAUGCAACAGUUGCAUGCGGGCAUUUGUAGUCCAUGCAGUAGUUGCAUGCGGGCAUUUGCUGUGCAGGCAUUUGCAGUGCAUGCAGUAG